AACGGGCUCCAAAAUGGGAGCUCGAUCGUGCAAUGCUGUAAAACUCCACGAGUAAUUGAUUUCUAGAUUUGUUGUUACUUUCCUUUUUCGACUUUCCGUCAGUUACUGAGAAGGAUGGGCAAUGCUGAACUGUAACUUGGGAAUUCAUCUCUUACUACACGUAGCUUUUAUCGGUUUCAAAAAUCCGAAUUCUCUUGAGAUUUGUCACAGACUCCAUUUUUGCCACCCAUUGUCAGUUUGAUUGAGCCGCAGUUCUGUUUGUGUUAAAAUUACUCAUCUUUUUCCUAUUGAUUAAUUAAUUUGAGAUUACUGAUCCAAGUUCAGAGUUAUCUCUGAGUUCCUUAUUGGUUUUGCAUCAAUGUCUUUGAACUUUGAAGGUUCUUUGCACUAUAUAAGCAUUAAUGGCUGCACGGACGCCCGGCUUAAUUGCUUUAUUUGAUGUCGAUGGGACUCUCACAGCUCCAAGGAAGGUGGUCACCCCAGAGAUGUCAAAAUUCAUGCGAGAACUCCGGAAGGUUGUGACAGUUGGAGUCGUGGGAGGAUCUGAUCUCGUAAAGAUAUCUGAGCAGCUUGGAAACACAGUCAUCGAUGACUAUGAUUUUGUGUUCUCUGAAAAUGGUCUUGUGGCACACAAGGAGGGAAAACUCAUUGCGACCCAGAGCUUGAAGUCAUUUCUUGGAGAAGAAAAGCUCAAGGAAUUUAUAAAUUUUACACUUCAUUACAUUGCUGACUUGGAUAUUCCUAUCAAGAGGGGAACAUUUAUAGAAUUCCGUAGCGGAAUGCUGAAUGUUUCGCCAAUUGGUCGAAACUGUAGCCAAGAAGAAAGAGAUGAAUUUGAAAAGUAUGACAAGAUUCACAACAUACGCCCAAAAAUGGUUUCUGUCCUGCGUGAGAAGUUUGCUCAUCUGAACUUGACAUUUUCAAUUGGAGGACAGAUAAGUUUUGAUGUUUUCCCUCGAGGUUGGGAUAAAACUUACUGCUUGAGAUAUCUCGAUGGCUUCAAUGAAAUCCACUUCUUUGGUGACAAAACCUACAAGGGUGGGAAUGACCAUGAAAUUUAUGAAUCAGAGAGGACUGUUGGGCACACCGUUACAAGUCCUGAAGAUACAUUGAAGCAAUGCCAGGCCCUCUUCGUGGGAAACCCUAACAGCGAUUCUUGAGACUAUUGCAGCAAUAUUUUGUAUGCUUUACUAAACAAACGCAUUGCAAGUCUUCCUUAAAUAUUAUUUUUGUGUUGUAUAAUGACAGAGGAUUGCACUGCCAAUAUUCCUGCGUGUCUUUAGCACUCUAUUUUUGGUGCCAAUAACCGGCUGAGUUUUGAAGUAAAUAUGAUUCUCAGUGGUCAGUACCA